AUGACUAACAUCGUUCAGCGCCGCUACCAGCGCACCGGUUCCGCCACCUCUGGAGUAUUGACCCCGACGGCGUCGUCACAGACAACACAGCCGGCCGAGUCCACUGCAGGCUUCAUCUCAGCCGGAGCCUUCGCCGGCAGCACCGUCGGUGCCGCCGCAGGGAUCGGUCUUAUUGGUUUUUCUGUGGUUAUGUGGCGAGAGAGGAAGUGGAGAAAGGUGGCCUCUGAUCUGAGAGCUGAGAAGGAUGCCUUUGCAAAGCAAGCUGAGUCUGGUUCUGAGCCAGGUUCUGGAGCUGGAUCUGGGUUCGUUGCUGGACCCGGCUCUGGGUUUGGGCCGUCGGGCUCCGCGGUUGGUUCUGCCCCAGCUGAACGGUAUUACCAAGGUGGUCAUCAGGCAGAAGGCCUGGGCAUAUCGCCAGCAGCCGUCGACAACAGGGCCGUAUCGGCAGGAGCCGUUCUUCCUGCACAGGCAGCCGAAGUCUCUUCUUUCAACUACCCUAUGCCGCAGCUGGAGGACACUCAACUAGAAGGCCCUCAGCAAGACGAGAAUGGCAGGAAGUAUCGCAUAGCCUGA